AUGUUAAAUAAAAGGCAAUUGUGUUGUCAUACACAGGGCACUUUCGAUAUUAUCUCUCUCUCUCUCUCUCUCUCAUUUCCUUCCUCUUUUCUCUCUCUGUCAUUUCUUUCCACUUUUCUCGUUCUCCCUCUCUGUCAUUUCUUCCCUCUCUUUUCUCACUGUCAUUUCUUUCCUCUCUUUUCUCUCUCUCUCUGUCAUUUCUUUCCUCUUUUUCUCUCUCUCUCUGUCAUUUCUUUCCUCUUUUCUCUCUCUCUCUCUGUCAUUUCUUUCCUCUCUUUCUCUCUGUCAUUUCUUUCCUCUCUUUCUCUCUGUCAUUUCUUUCCUCUCUCUUCUCACUGUCAUUUCUUUCCUCUUUUUUUUUUCUUCUCUGUCAUUUCUUUCCUCUUUUUUUUCUCUCUCUCAUUUCAUUCCUCUCAUUUAUUUUUCUUUUCUCUUAUAUUUCCCUCUUUGGAAGUGAGAGAAAACAUGGAUAUAGAUGAUACCAAUAAGGAAAGAAAAAAAAAAAUUCCAUUUCCUCACUUCCCCCACCGCCCAAUCGCCUGUCUUCCACUGAUCUUUUGCUAUUCCAUUUUUUUUUUUUAUAUACUCUCUCUUUUACCUCUCCCUAACCUCUGCUACUCUUCUUUUUGUUACUCUCCCUGCUCUUCUCCCCCACUGCUACCAUUUCAUUCCAUAAUGUCUUUGCAGAGGCUAUUUAUUACCACCCUUCCAACCCUCAACUUAACUUCUUCAGAAUCUUGUCUCUCAAACAAUGGCACCAAAUCAAACCAGACAUUUUAUUUAUUAGCCCAAUGCAGAUUAAUGUGA